UCCGAUUUAUAGCACCUGAACAGUUGCAGUGCAGCAGAUGACUUCUUUUCCUAUAAUCUAUCGAGUGAUAUCUAUGCCUGUUCUUAUCUAGAGUCUCUCAUUUUUAAAGCCAAACUAGUUCUGUUGCAACUACUGAAAAUGAGCUCCGCCGUUGUAGAAGUGCCUCCUAGCCUUGCUGCCAGUGCUGUGCCUGUGGAAGAUCCCGCUGUAUCUCUUCUCCCUGCCGCUCAUUCUCCUUCACCUUGUGAAAAAGAAGAACCAGAUCUAAACUCUACUGGAAACGAGGGAGAGUGUGUACAGGUAGCUGGACUAGCUGAUGAUAAAAGUGAAAAGGUGUCGGUGGAUCUCAUUGAUACUGAUACACUCCUCGAGUCCUGGCCUCAUAAAUCAGGACAUGCCGUCAAAGAACUGAUACUAACAGAGAAGACCUAUCUUGAAUCACUUGAAGAAGUUAUAAACGGCUACUUGAAGCCACUCUACGGGCUUCUCUUACAAAAGUCUCAAGGGCCUCAGUUCAUAGAGACAGUGUUCUGUAACAUUAGAAAACUUCAUGCCAUCCACCUAAAAGUUUAUGAAAGUUUAUUACUUGCUUAUGAUAAACCUGAUGAAUUUGGUAAAGUGUUUGAGGAUAAUUCCAUUCAGUUCAGGGAGUACAUCAGAUAUUGUACUAAUUUCCCUUUCUGUGAGUCUAUGCUACAAAAGACGAUGAAGAAGCCAUCAGAUACCCAGAGGUUCAUCACUUGGUGUCAGAUCCAGCUGGGACAUCCUCUACCUCUCAUCACUUACCUUCACAAACCAGUUCAAAGAAUACUCAAAUAUAAACUCCUUCUUGAACAAAUCCUCAAAAGGUUUCACGAAAGCACACCAGGACAGAAAGAACUUAUGAAUGCUCUAGUAAACAUGAGUGGCCUUGCACACGAGAUCAAUGAAGUUAAGAAGAGACAAGAGAAUGUAACUAGAGUAAAGUCUAUAGAGAAACAGUUAAAAGGUUUGAAAGGAAGUGAGAUAUCUGGUUCCAGUCUACUAUCUUAUGGACACCUCAUUUAUGAGGUUGAUUGUAAAGUCCUCAGUAGAAGAGGUGGAGAGAGGACAUUGCUGCUGUUUGAGAAAAUGCUUCUCUUCCUCAAGAAACUUAAGAGCGAAACAGGAUACAUAUAUAAAGGAUUCAUCAAGGUCGAAGAACUUGAUUUAACUGAAGAUUCUAACAAGGAAACCGUCUUAAGUAUAUUUUCAAUUUCUUCUCCUUCGAAACGUUUUGUAGUGCAGGUACGCAGUAGCAGAGUAAAAGAGGAGCUAGUUCAAUGCAUUCAAACUCUUCUUGUGCCUCACAUGAAAAGAGAGACUGAACCAUCUCAUGAAUCUACUGUUGAAGAAGAUGAGAGGAUUCCUAGUGUAGGGCACAUUACUAAAAAACCAAAAAUGGUCAAUCUUUUGCGUCAAAGAAGUCUUGCUGCAUCAACAGACCUUCAGCGCAGACGCAAAACAAGACAAAUGAGUACUAGAAAACAUUCCUUAGAUCAACAUCACAGUGCAAGUAGGAGUGAUGCAUUGAGUGGUUCUGCUGACUCAGGAAUAAGUAUCAGUAAAGACUCCAGUGAGACUAUUAGUUUAUCCAUUGAGAAUGAAACUGAGGAACCAAGAAGGCUUCAUCGAAAGACGGCUUUUAGAAGAAAAAAGACAAAAAAAUUAGAAAAUGAUGAUUCGGUCACUAGUGAAUUGUGUGAGAGCUCAUGGGCUGAUCAUACAGGCCUGGAUGAAGAUGGCAUGAGUAGUUUAGACCUUGUCAGUAGUCUAGACAAGAAACCAAGAGCACUUACUUUUUCAUCCAAAGAAGAUUUAUUGCAUUCUAGUGGAGAGUUCAUAUACCCUGAGAAUCAUCAGCGACAUAACACAGUCAUUGGAGGGCUAAGGGAAAGAGCUGAUCUAUACUCAGUACCACCUGAUCCAUACGAAGCACUGGAACGUAAUCGUUUAUUGUCAGAUAUUACUUUAGUGGAAGAGGAGGAGGAGGAGGAGGAGGAGGAGAAAAAUGAAGAUGAAAGAGGAACUGAAGAUCUUGAAGAGGAGAUUCAAGGUGAAGUUGAAGGGGAGAUUGAAGAGAAAGCUUCCGAGGGUAAUACAGUAGAGAGGAGAAGUAUAUUCUCUCGUGGCUUUGAAGACAGUAAUGAGAGCUUGGGAUCUAAUGCCUCAUCAAUGUGUCUGGAGGAUCAUUACUUGCUUAGUCAAACAGCAAAAUCAGCAAUUAUUGCAAGCAGAGAUGGUGAAAACAUUGUUAUUUAUGAUGAUACUGAAGACUCUGAGAGCGACUAUGAAUACGAAGAGGAGGAGGAGGAGGAAGGAAGUGAAAGAGAUGAGAUUGAAACCAGAGGAGGAGAAGAAGAAGAAGAGAGGUCGUCAUCUCCUGAACCAGAAAAAAAGCAGCAUACCAGUCUGAGAUCUUACCUAAGCACUAGCAAUCUAUUACGUGUACCUCAGGAGCAAGUAUAUUUUAAUUCAAAGGAAUGUGCUUAUUCAACGCUACCAAGAGGAGCUGGAUUAAUGGGAGUCAGUUCUCCAUUGCUGUACAGUCAUAGGAGAAAGAUCCAGAGGAGCCUCACUUCAGAUGUUUUACAGAGCUUGCCAUCUGAGAAGGGACUUAUAUUGUGUGAUAAUUUGUCUGCUUCAAGCAGUGACUUGUCUCCAUCAUCUACUCCUUAUGAUGAACAGAAGAGAGAUGAGCUUACAUCAACCAAAAAUCAACAAGAAGAAAAGGAAGGUAUUCCCUCUAGUGACCUGAUAGAGAAGGAACUGGGAGAGGAGAAUGAAAAGAAUGACUUUUUAAUACAAGCAGCAUCUUUAGGCACAAAUGCUUCACCUCAGAUUGAAAUGAAUCAUUCUUCUUUGAUGAUUUCUGAAGACAAAGAUCUUUUUCCACCACCUCCAGAGUCCUCUACUGUUUCUGAUUUACGGCCACAUGAGAAUGAAGCUUCACAUCCUAGCUAUUCAUGGAACUCAUCACUAGCUUUUGAUGAUAACAGUUUUGAACAGCAACCAUUAACUUUAUCAUCAUCCCUCUUUGGAAUUGAUCAAUUAGUUGAUCAUCAUGUAACACCUACAAUUGACCUACACAAAGAGAUUAAUGAGACCAUGCCAGUAGCUAACAGCGAAGAGGAAUUGAUUAUUAGUGAUGAUCUACCAAAUACAAAUGAAGAGGUGCUGCCAUCUGCCUACAAUGAAGAAUUUGUAUCAAACAAAAAUAAUGGGUCAUUAUCUGCAUCUGCGUCCAAUAGAGAUUCGAUAUCAGAGAGUGAUCAAGAAUUGAUGUCAUCAGGCAGUCAUGUAGAGUCAACCAAUCUGGAAAUACUAUCCAGCAAUAGUAAUGGAGAGCCGAUUGAUGAAGAAGUGCUUGCUGAUGAUAAAUCAGUUAAUGAACAUAUAAAUGAAGCUACUGAUAUUAUCAAGAGUAAUGAUGCAAAGGGUGCAGUGCAACCAUUUCACAAUGAGCAUAUUACAAAUAAGGAGAGCUCUACUGAAGAAAGCAGUUUUCAGCACACAUUUGAUAAUUGUAGCGACAAUUUUUCUUCGAGCAAUAAUAACGAUAAAGAAAUAGAUUCACCACAGGUGAGACGACGUGAUAUCCCAAAAAGUGUAAAUAUUCACCAUACAAUUGCCGAACUACCUUCUACUAGUGUAACUAGUGCUAAAUCUCCAGCUUGGAUAGGAAGCAAAACAGCAUUGAUAGUCAAGUAUGGAACAGCUGGACUGCUCACCAAUUGCUUGUCGACAUACUCACAACAAAACCUUCUCGUAUGUCUGAUGUUACUUGGAAUAGUCCUAUUCUUGACAGUCAUGAUUGGCUUCAGCUAUUUCUUCUAUUACAGGAAUGAAAAUUGAUGAUGCAUGAAACCAUAAUGUUUUCAUGUUGUAUUGACUCAAGUUGUAUUAUAAUGCAUCAGAUCUGUCAUAUGUCAUCAUGUAUAAUUAAGCUCUAUAGUCAUUAUUUCAUAUUUUAUAUCACAUUAGAACUUUGA